AUGCAGCCGGAUCUGGAGGCCCCCCUCCGCCCCAAGAGGAAAACGGUUUGGCUGGACUACUUGGUCCAGUUUCGAUGGAUACUCGUUGUGUUUGUUGUCCUCCCCAUAUCUUCCACAAUGUACCUCCUCAGAUAUCUUGGGGAUGUCUGGUCCGAGAGCAAGUCAUUCAAGCAGCGCCAGAAGGAGCACCGCCAGAAUGUUGAGGAAGUCAUCAGACGGCUUAAGGCCAGGGAUCCACGCAAGGAUGGUUUAGCAUGCACGGCCAGGAAGCCCUGGAUUGCAGUGGGAAUGCGAAAUGUGGACUACAAGCGUGCUCGCCACUUCCAGGUUGACCUGUCUGCGUUUAGGAACAUUCUGAGCAUCGACAGGGAGAGAAUGGUUGCCAGAGUGGAGCCCUUGGUCGAUAUGGGUCAGAUAUCCAGAGUCACUGUUCCAAUGAAUCUUUCCCCUGCUGUCCUUCCCGAGCUCGAUGACCUCACUGUUGGGGGCCUUAUCAAUGGCUAUGGGAUUGAAGGAAGCUCCCAUAUCUACGGCCUCUUCUCGGACACCAUUGUGUCAUGUGAAAUUGUGUUGGCUGAUGGGCGGUUGGUUAAGGCCACAAGAGACAAUGAGUACUCAGACCUUUUCUAUGCCAUCCCGUGGUCUCAGGGGACGUUGGGCCUCCUUGUUGCUGCCGAGAUUAAGCUUAUUACAGUUAAGGAAUACAUGAGGGUGACAUAUAAGCCUGUAGUUGGGAAUCUUAAGGAGCUUGCACAAGCAUACAUGGAUUCUUUUGCACCAAGGGAUGGAGAUCAGGACAACCCUGAUAAGGUUCCUGAUUUUGUUGAGACAUUGAUUUAUAGUCCCACAGAAGCUGUCUGCAUGACGGGAAGAUACGCCUCAAAAGAAGAAGCCAAAGGGAGAAUCAACAGUUUGGGCUGGUGGUUCAAGCCCUGGUUUUACCAACACGCACAGGCUGCACUGAACAAGGGUGAGUUUGUAGAGUAUAUUCCCACCAGGGAAUAUUACCAUAAGCACACCAGGAGCUUAUACUGGGAGGGAAAGCUCAUCCUUCCUUUUGCGGAUCAAUGGUGGUUCAGAUUUCUUCUCGGGUGGAUGAUGCCUCCAAAGAUUUCUCUUCUCAAGGCUACUCAAGGUGAAGCAAUCAGGAAAUAUUACCAUGACAUGCAUGUCAUCCAGGACUUGCUUAUUCCCCUCUACAAACUUGGUGAUGCUCUGGAAUGGAUCCACAGGGAAAUGGAGGUCUAUCCCAUUUGGCUCUGUCCUCACAGACUAUUCAAACUUCCAGUGAAAACUAUGGUGUAUCCGGAGCCUGGAUUUGAACUGCAGCUCAGACAGGGAGAUACGCUGGAAGCACAGAUGUUCACAGAUGUUGGAAUUUACUAUGCUCCCGGGCCUGUUUUAAGAGGUGAGGAGUUUGAUGGAGCUGAGGCAGUUCAUAGAAUGGAGAAUUGGUUGAUUGAGAACCAUGGUUUUGAAGCACAGUAUGCUGUGUCCGAGCUGACGGAGCAAAACUUCUGGAGAAUGUUCGACUGUGAACUUUACGAGCACUGCAGGCGCAAGUAUGGAGCCGUAGGUACCUUCAUGAGUGUGUAUUACAAGUCCAAAAAGGGUAGGAAGACCGAAAAGGAGGUUCAGGAAGCCGAGCAGGCCAUUCUUGAAACGCCACACAUGGAAAAAGCUUAG